ACCAAUUCACAAAUCGUGGAUUCAGAGCUAGAAAUGAAGCAGCACGGUGUUGUUCGAUUUCAUUUCGAAGAUCCACUCAAGAGAACAAGAGAAAAAAAAAAAAAAGAGAGAGAUAAUUAAUAAUUAACAAAUAUUUAGUGUUGGUGUUAGUGAGAGUGGAGAUGAAGGCGGAGACGGUGACGCUGUUGCUGGUGAACCUGGCGGGGAUAAUGGAGAGGGCCGACGAGUCGCUGCUUCCGGGAGUGUACAAGGAAGUUGGCACGGCGCUCCACACCGACCCCACCGGUUUGGGUUACCUCACUCUCUUCCGAUCCAUCGUACAGUCCUCCUGCUACCCCGUCGCCGCCUACCUCGCCGUGCGCCACAACCGCGCCCACGUCAUCGCCGUCGGGGCCUUCCUCUGGGCCGCCGCCACCUUCCUCGUCGCGUUCUCCUCCACUUUCUUCCAGGUAGCUUUAUCGCGAGCAUUUAAUGGGAUUGGCCUUGCACUUGUAACACCUGCAAUUCAGUCCCUUGUUGCCGACUCAACUGAUGAUAGCAAUCGUGGCAUGGCUUUUGGAUGGCUUCAACUAACAGGAAAUGUUGGAUCAAUUAUUGGAGGCCUCUUCUCAGUGUUGAUAGCUCCAAUAACAGUCUUUGGUAUCCCUGGUUGGAGAAUUUCCUUUCAUAUUGUGGGAUUAAUAAGCAUUAUAGUAGGUGCUUUAGUAUACCUCUUUGCCAAUGAUCCACACUUCUCAGAUAAUGGUACAAACAGUAGAAGGCAAGCUCCAAAUAAAACAUUUUGGUCUGAAGUGAAAGAUCUGGUUCAGGAAUCCAAGUCAGUUUUGAAGAUUUCAUCUUUUCAGAUUAUUGUUGCCCAGGGUGUCACUGGCUCCUUUCCCUGGUCUGCUUUAUCAUUUGCACCAAUGUGGUUAGAGCUGACUGGCUUCUCCCAUGAGAAAACUGCUUUCCUCAUGGGUUUGUUUGUGGUUGCCAGUUCUAUUGGGGGAUUGUUUGGAGGAAAGAUGGGAGAUAUCCUAUCCAAGCGCUAUCCAAAUUCUGGGAGGAUAAUUCUGGCACAGAUAAGCUCUGGAUCAGCAAUCCCCCUAGCAGCACUUCUUUUGAUCGGUUUGCCAGAUGAUCCAUCCACGAUAAUAUCUCAUGGUUUGGUUCUAAUCAUUAUGGGGCUCUUGAUAUCUUGGAAUGGUCCAGCUACGAAUAAUCCAAUUUUUGCAGAGAUAGUUCCAGAGAGAUCCCGCACAAGUGUAUAUGCCAUGGACCGAUCUUUUGAAUCUAUACUAUCAUCUUUUGCUCCCCCUGCAGUGGGGAUUUUGGCCCAGCAUGUUUAUGGGUAUAAGCCCAUUCCUGAAGGGUCUAGUGAAUCUCAAGAGAUUUUAACAGACAGAGAGAAUGCUGCAUCAUUGGCGAAGUCUCUUUACACUGCAAUAGGAAUUCCAAUGGCUCUAUGCUGUAUAAUCUACACAUUUCUUUAUAGGACCUAUCCGAGAGACAGGGAACGUGCUAAGAUGGAGGCUUUAAUAGAAUCAGAGAUGCAGCUAAUCGAAUCAGGUGGUUUAGCUAUGGAUAGAGAGUUUGAGUCAGAGGAAUUGUCUAUUGUGGAUUAUGAUGAUGGUGAUAUUGAUGAUGAUGAGAACACAUUACUCUACAGGCAGUUGACACUUUCCAAAGAAUAGUUAAAAAGACAUCAUAAAAAUUUAGCAGGUCUGCAUUGCGGCCAAAUGAGUUUGUGUGUCCCAAGAGAGAGUUUUCAGGUAUACUAAAUGGUGGACGAUUUUUCAGAACUAUAUUUUGAUCAAUUUUUGUGCAUGAAUCAUACACGGACAGUUAUAGAUGAAAUGAAACUGUAUACGCCUUCAUAGUUUUAUUUUCCACUAUUUUUAGGGAAGAUUUUCCUUUUGUUGUAUGCAAUUUAACCGUGUACAAACUGCAAUAGGUUGGAAAACUAUGGAUAUAGAAUUGUUUGCUUUGGCUAAUGUAAUUGACAGACACUCUAAUUUCUUAAAUGUCAAGUGUGGUGUGAAUUCCCUUGGCAAGUCAAAUACUGAGGCAAAUGUUCUAUAUAUCAACUUUAAAUGUUUGGGCUUGUG